AUGGCAGAAAGGAAUGAUAUUCAGAUGCAAAUUGUUGCAUUAUCUCAACAUUUGGAGAGGUUGAUGAAGCAACAACAAGAUGAGUUUCAUGAUAGGUUGGACCAACUAGAGAAUAGAACCCCACCAAGAGGAGGAGGAGGAGGGCCACAAAGGAAUGAAGGGAGAAUAGAAGGAGUAAGGUUGAAUGUGACACCUUUCAAGGGGAGGAGUGAUCCUGAAGCUUACUUGGAGUGGGAGCUGAAAAUUGAGCAUGUAUUUUCUUGUAAUAAUUAUAGUGAGGAGCAAAAGGUAAGGCUUGCAGCAACUGAAUUUUCUGAUUAUGCUUUAAUUUGGUGGAACAAGUUGCAAAGACAAAGGAUUAGAGAUGAGGAGCCUUUGGUGGACACUUUGGAUGAGAUGAAAAGGGUCAAGAGGAAGUGGUAUGUACCUUCUAGCUUCCAUAGGGACUUAAAAUUAAAACUACAAAGACAUUCUCAAGGAAGCAAAGGAGUGGAUGAGUAUUAUAAGGAGAUGGAGAUUCUUAUCAUCCAAGCCAAAAUUGAAGAAGAUCCCGAGGUAACUAUGGCACGUUUCCUUAAUGGAUUAAAUCAUGAUAUUAGAGAUGUUAUUGAGUUGCAGGAGUUUGUGGAGAUGAAGGAUCUAUUGCAUAAGGCCAUACAGGUAGAACAACAAAUUAAAAGAAAGAGUACAACAAGAAAGAGUUCUACCAAUUUCAAUUCUUCAAACUACAGAGAUAAAGUAAAGAAAGAAGGUGUUACCUCUUCUAGCAAUUCAGUACUUUCUAAUGAACGAAAAAUAGUUCAAAAGAAAGUUGAACAUCCACCAAAGAGAACUAGAGAAGUGAAAGGUUUUAAAUGUUUGGGCAUGGGACAUUAUGCCUAUGAGUGUCCUACAAAGAAGACCGUUCUUCUUAAGGAAAAUUGGGAGUACACAAGCGAUUCUGAUGAUAAUGAUGGAGAGGUAGAAGAGAGUGAUGGCGAGUUGAAAGCUAAUGUAGGAGAGUUGUACAUGAUUAGGAGGAUAAUGGGAAGUCAAGUCAAGGACGAGGAUGCAUCUCAAAGGGAGAAUAAUUUUCAUACAAGAUGUUCAGUUAAUGGUAAUGUAUGUUUGGUAAUCAUUAAUGGAGGAAGUUGUACUAAUGUGGUGAGUUCAAGAUUAGUGUCAAAGAUGAACACUAAACCACAUCCUAGGCCAUACAAACUUCAAUGGCUUAGUGAAGGAGAAGAAGUCCAAGUGAAAAAACAAGCUAAAGUCUCUUUCUCCAUUGGGAAAUAUCAAGAUAAGAUCUUAUGUGAUGUGGUUCCUAUGGAGGCUAGCCAUAUUCUUUUGGGAAGACCGUGGCGGUAUGACAUUAAAGCCAUUCAUGAUGGCUUCACUAACAAAAUCUCUUUCAUGUAUCAAGAUAAAAAGUGGUCCUCAAACCCUUAUCUCCUAAAGAGGUGUGUGAGGAUCAAAUAA